CCAAAACCAAACUGAAAAUAUAUACAUAAAGCUUAAUAACUGAUAUUGAAAUGGCAGAAAGCUUGAAACUUUUCUAUAUAGAGGGUCAUCAAAUAAAUUGAAAAAGAAAAAAGAACAGAAAAAACUUGAGACAUUGAUAAGACACUUGAUCUUAUAAUGCUUCACAGUUUCAGUUUGGAGGGAGAACUCAAAGAAGUUUAAUUGAUGUUUCAGCCAAGUCUUUUCAUGGGUUCUCUGUUCUGAGCUUGUUGGGUGUUUGGAGGCUUUGCUUGUCAUGGUUACAGUGUCUGGUGCUUGUUUCAAUGGUCAGUUUUCCAUAGUUUACUCAUAUUGAUUGAAUGAAGUGCAAAAAUAGUAUAGAGUUCCAUAGAUAUAAUGGCAGCAAAUGUGGUGAAGAAUUGUGGAACUUGAAUGAAACGAUUGUGAUCUCAAACUGGAGGGUAAUACACUGCUGGGGUUACCAGCAAUGCGCACAUUGGCAGGUAGUAAUUGGCCAGAAAGCUUGACCAAUAAUUGUAGUUCUAAUAUGGAGGACAAGGAUUUGAGUUCUGGAUAUGAGGCACUUCGUAAAAGUCCCCAUUCCAUAACUGGCAUUGCCCCUGCUGCUAAAGAGUUAAAAUUGAAAAAUCCAAGGAAACCAAACUCAGCUGAUUAUAGUCAGGGAGGAAGUGGAUUUAGAAGUAAGGAUUCACAUGGUGAUUCUGUGUCAGAAGAUAAUGAUCAGAUAUUGCUGAGAGUUAGACGUGAGCUUAGAGAAAUGCAUUCUAGCGUUCGAAGUCUGAAGCCUUCUUCAAGCAAUUCCUCUGAGCAAGACACUGAUAAAAUGUUGGCAUAUGUAAGGGCUAGGAACAGCAAGAUCAUCUCAAGCAAUAUGCUAAGUAUUGCCAAAAAGCAGCUGAAAAUCCAUUCUACUAAUAGCCAUCUUCAAUCUCUUGUGAAGGAAACAUCGAAGGGAAAGGGUAUCAGUAAAAUUUCAGUUAUGGACCAGAAGGUAUCUUGCGGUACAAGGAUGAAAUCAUUUAUGCAAAAUGGUCAGCAUUCUUCAGUUGUCCUUGAUAGGUCUGGUCCAGAAUCUGUCAGUACUGGGAUUUGCCUGAGGGAGUGGCUUGAACCUGGUUGUCACAAGGUAGAUAGAGCUGAAAGACUGCUCAUAUUUAGGCAGAUUGUGGAGUUGGUGGAUUUUGCACAUUGUCAAGGUGUUGCCUUGCAAGAGUUGCGGCCAUCACGCUUCAUUUUAUUGCCAUCAAAUGUUAUUAAAUAUACUGGAGCCAUCAUACGAUCAGAUAGUAUCGUGAACCGAGAUUUGAGUAAGAAGAGGCUAUUAGAGCAAGGGGACUGUGCUGGACGUAAUGUAGGUGGAAAACAGCAAAAACUGAGUGAUAAGAUGAUAACCACGAGUGGUGGCUCUGGGACUAAAGAACGUACUGAGAAGGAGUUCUGCAUAGAUCCUGAAGAUUCUGGGUAUGGUGAACUCCAGUUCCAGAAUACAUUACUUUUACCCAAACAACAAACCAUUUCUGCAACAGUUCAUUUGGAAGAGACGUGGUAUACUAGCCCAGAGGAUCUCAGUGAGAUAGGCUGUACACUUUCAUCAAAUGUCUAUGGCCUCGGCAUUCUUCUUUUUGAGUUGUUGUGCUGCUGUGAAUCUUGGGAGGUGCAUUCUGCAGUGAUGUCGGAUUUGUACCAUCGAAUCCUACCACCAUAUUUUCUUUCACGAAGUCCAAAGGAAGCUGGCUUCUGCUUUUGGCUUCUCCAUCCUGAACCUUUAUCUCGUCCAACAUCCAGAGAAAUCUUGCAGUCUGAACUCUUAGGUGGACACCAAGAAGCGUAUUGUUGUGAUGAUUUCUCAAAUUUUAAUGAUGAUCUUGAUGCAGAAUCUGAGUUGCGCAGUUUUCUUCUCUCAUUAAAGGACAGGAAGCAUGGGCAUGCCUCUAAGUUAAUCGAAGAUAUAAGAUGCUUAGAAGAAGAUAUAAGCAAGUUUACGACGAGGGACUUGUCAGGGGCAUCCUCAGAUUAUUUCAGGGCACCCGAUCAGCUUUCCUGUCAAAGAGAACAGGGAUUUUGUCUGGAAGAGCCUGUACGUUCCGGUGCUUCGUCUAGACUAUUCUCAGAUUCAGACAUGAAUGAGGCACAAAUGAUGAAAAGUAUCAGUCAGCUAGACGGUGCCUACUUCUCCGCAAGAUCCCAAAUGCUGGUAACGGAAACUGCUUCUGCAGCAGAAUCUAAUAAGGACUUGUUAGACAAGCGAGAUAAUGUGCGAAAUGAUUCUCAAGAUUUAAGCAUCAAUAAGAAAUCAGGUGAUCCCCUUGGGGCCUUUUUCAAUGGCCUCUCCAAGUAUGCUUGCCACAAAAAGUUUAAAGAAUGUGGGACACUAAGGAAUGCAGAUCUUCACAACUCUUCCAGUGCAAUCUGCUCUUUAAGUUUCGACCGUGAUGAGGACUAUAUUGCUACAGCCGGAGUAUCAAAGAAAAUCAAAAUCUUUGAUUUUGGUGCCCUUGUAGACAACUGUUUAGACAUCUAUUAUCCUUCAGUUGAGAUGUCGAACAAUUCUAGGCUGAGCUCUGUUUGCUGGAACAACUACUUUAGGAGCUAUCUCGCAUCAUCAGAUUAUGAUGGAGUGGUAAAGAUAUGGGAUGCAAACACCGGUCAAGGAAUUUGUCAGCAUAAAGAACACCAAAGGAGGGCUUGGUCUGUCGACUUUUCUCAAGCUGACCCAACAAAGUUUGCUAGUGGAAGUGAUGACUUUUCAGUGAGAUUGUGGGAUGUUAAAGAGGAAAAUUCAAUAAACACGAUCUGGAACCCUGCUAAUGUCUGCUUUGUUCAGUUCUCCGCUUACUCUUCUCAUCUCUUAAUUCUUGGAUGUGCUGAUUACAAGGUCUACGGCUAUGAUCUUCGGCAUACUAAAUUGCCUUGGUGUACUUUACCGGGUCAUGCAAAAGCUGUUAGCUAUGUCAGGUGUGUAGAUAAAGAAACUCUAGUUUCCGCUUCGACAGACAACACUCUGAAGCUUUGGGAUCUUAACAAAUCUAGUUCAACCGGGUUGUCUUCCAAUGCGUGCAGCUUAACUUUUAGUGGUCAUACUAAUGAGAAGAAUUUUGUAGGUUUAUCUGUUUUUGAUGGAUACAUAGCAUGCGGUUCAGAAACUAACGAGGUUUAUAGUUAUCACAGAAGUCUACCCAUUCCAAUCACUUCUCACAAAUUUGGAUCUAUUGAUCCUGUCCCUAGAAGGGAGGUUGGUGAUAGUGGACCGUAUGUCUCAAGUGUCUGUUGGCGAAGAAAGUCUAACACACUUGUUGCUGCCAACUCAAGUGGAACAAUGAAAUUAUUGCAGAUAGUUUGAGUAAAAGCUUGCCUUCUCUAGAUCAUUAAAUGAACCUGUUGUCUGCGGAAGCUUUGUCUAUCCUAUCCUCGUGGAGUGCAAAUAUGAACGGGAAGCAUGAAAUUGUCAUGUUGAAGACACAUUGUCAAGAGAAGUUCAACAGAGCCAGCACUGUUUGUUCUGGGUGUACAGAGAAAUAAUUUACCUUCAAAUGUGGCAGUUAAACGUCAUGCUGGAGUCUAGUUACUCCUGAAGCUGAUAGCUGAAGUAAGUUUCGGGCUUGGUUUAUUAGUUCCAAAAGUUGGAUUUCUUGUUUGAAAAUAUAUUUGAGUAGGGCUGAAUGGUAGUGGCCGGAAUUCAGAUAGA